AUGGGCAGACCUAUUCUAAGAACUGCAAGAGAACAUAAGAUAGUGUAUAGAAUGAUGAAACUUAUUCCUGACAUAAAUGUUCAGCUUUCUGAUGCAGAACUGAAGGAACUCAGCACAAGUACCGUCAAGGAAUACUGGGAAAAAGGAAGCACAGUAGUUGGAAAUCAAGGUUUUUAUGCAAUAUUGAAAGGCUCUGCUAGAUCUCAAAAACGACUUUACAAAAGAAUGUUGGGAGAAAAUUUUGAUUCCUGGGCACUGGAGACAUCUCCCCAACCUGCUGAGGAAUCGAGUUCUGCAAGCAAUUUAGCUGAUCAGGAACUGCUUGUCAAAGGAAGCUGUUUUGGAACUCUGGAACCUCUCCCAUCAAAAGUACGGAAAAUUCGGUUAUCUAUCAUUACAGAAGAAGACUGCGAAAUUCUUAAAAUUUCUUGUUUCGAUUAUCUGAGAGUCAGAGAGGAAGUUGCUAAGCACGAGCGAGUUGCUAAGGAAGAGUUAAUUCGGAACUGCUCGUAUUAUCAUGACUGGCCACAGCUGAACAUACUCCAGUUAGCUCCUCAUUUGCAAUGGAGACAGUUUCCUGCAGGUCACGAGCUAGUAAAAGUAGGUGAAAUAAGUGCAUUCAUCGGAUUUAUUAGUUCUGGAUUCUGCAAUAUUUACAAAGAAGUCAAAGCACUUGUGGAGCUGCCACUGGGGAAAAGGGUUAGAAGAAUCAAAAGGGUUGCUGUGGGCCAGCUCCACAGGAAUGAAUCCUUUGGAGAAACGAGCAUUCUCCUUCAGGUUCCUUUCACAUGCACAGUUGUCACCGCAACAGCCGUCAAAAUGGGCGUCAUUGAUGCUGAUGCUGUGCUAAGUACGCAGUAA